AUGUCUGCUGAAAUCGAUGAUCUUGUCUUUCCUGAUUUGUCGGCAGACAUUCGGACUACAUACAGUCCUGGCCGUGAAGAAUUUGACAUCUUACAAGCGUACAACUCUUUGAUUAAGGCUGGCGGUAGACCGAUAUGUCCGCUUGGUGAGACAGCAUCCAUAUCCAAACAUCCCAGAAAGCACCUCGAGCUCCUGGGCCCAUGGGUCAAGGCCCCCUUGGUCGACUUGGCGAUAGAUUGGAAAGGCAUCUUUGAGAAACAACUUUCCAAUUGGCAACGCUUUAGGGCCUGGCAACAAUCCAACAGGGAAUUGGAGGCUUUUCCGGAUGCAGAUGCACCAGAGGCAUUGCUGAAAGACACCAGCGAGGGGGAAAAUCGCCCCCCAUCCGGCAGUGGCUACGGCUCGAGGUCUACAAAGUUUCAAGCACAUUUAGCCAUGGCCAGAAGACGGCUCAGUCACUGCGGAUUUACUAAAGCUUUCACAUUCGACAUGGACUUGAGAAGACAAGACGAGUGGACAACUUGGAUCGAGUAUUUGAGUUUCGAGUGCUAUUGUUGCGAUGCCCAUUCUCAUACUUUGCACUUGAAACCUACUUCAGUCAAUGAUCUAGAGUCUAUAAUUAUCCUAGAUCAUGUCGCCUCUCUGGUUGAAAAGGAGCAGACGAGCAGGCACUCUGGGAUUGACGGUUAUUCUGGUGAUGGCACGUCGACCUCUCAUCAUGUUAGCAACUGUGAAAGCCCGAUGAAUUCACCAAAAGAGGCUCAGUACGACGCACAUGCACCUAGGAAGGACGCGUAUGGCGCAGAUGAAGGUGUAGUUUCGAAAGUGAAUGGUAUCAUACCUUUGUUAGGCGGGUUAAUUUCCUCGGGUGCUGCUGCAACAUACGAUGGAACGGGGACGGCCACUGGAGAACGCAAUAACACAAAUCAUCACAACCUCAUCCUACGAUGGGCUCUACUUCAAGAGCCCGAAAUUGCUGCCAAGUCUGCUACGAGUCAAGGACGCCCCAGUGCUGCUGGAAACCCCUGGCCAACUACUCACACUCCGCGACGAAAGCGACAUUGGGACGGUUCUCUUUGUAGAACGAGGCCUGUCGUUUUCCGAAAUGACGGCUUGGGACGAACCAACGAUGGUGGCGAGCUGGCGCGUAAACGGUUCAGACAUAGUAUAUGA